AUGGCGUAUACGGAAGACACACAGGUUCCAGAGUUACAAGUUGUAGAGAUGAAGGAGGUAUUUAGCCUUCUAGACAAGGACUGUGAUGGGUUGAUCCCUGUCGAACACCUCGGCCCCGUUCUAAGAUCUAUGGGACUAAAUCCAACAGAGGAAUCGGUCAAGGCAGCAGGGGAGGAAUUCAAAUCCAGAGAAAAUCGGUCCCUCAAUUUUGAUGAAUGUCUGAAGAUAGCAACAGAACUGAUGCAAGAGCCUGACGAAACCGAGGAGAGCUUAAGGGAGGCGUUCCAAGCUUUCGACAAAGAAAGAAUAGGAUGGAUGGACAGUGCUGACCUACGACAGAUCAUGAUCAACCUCGGCGAGCGACUCACUGAAGAAGAAGCAUCUGAACUGAUAGAGGAUGCGAACGGCUUGGACGGACAUGUUAAGUACGGAGAUUUCAUCAAAUUAAUCUUGAGCGAUCGUUAA